AUGGCGUCAGCAGUAGGACCCCAGGAGUCGACGGCCUUAGCCGCUGACUCGGCCUUAGAAGGACCAGGGCUCCCCGUCAACAAAGUCCCAUUCCUUGGCCUGAAGCCCCAGUCCCAGCCCCUAGCCCAGCCCCAACCCCAGCAGGACAAGCUGACAUUGCCUGCUGCUCAAUACCCGGAGGGAUCUGCUGUUGAGGACGGCGAGGACGACGGCGUCGACGACCUUGAUGAUAACGAGGACGUGGUUUUUUUGAGCAAGAUUACGGGGAUACCCUCCUUCACCUCCUCCUCUUCCCCUCCACCGGCUGCGGCCAUGGACGUUCUCGUCCUCACGUUCAACUGCGGCAAGGUGGUGAUUGAUGUGGCACCCUUCGCGACGCACCUGCGCACCGCGCUGCAGCAGAAGGGCCAGGCGGGCAGGAACCCAUUUGACAACGGGCAGGAGGAUAGUCCUACGCUGCCUGAUCUGGUGGUCUUCUCCCUCCAGGAGAUUGCUCCCCUUACGUCUGGCUACCUGGGCGGGCACUUCCUCGCCCCUUAUUUGAAUGCUUUCAAGGAUGCCCUGAACCUCGCAGCCCUUGACCUUCUUGGCCAGCCGCUAGAAUCGCAACGACCGUCGUCGUCGUCUUCUUCUCCGUCGCCACCUGAUCCCCCUUACAAACUGGUCGAGGCCCGAAAUGUUGGUAUGACCGCUAUCAUGAUGUUCGCCCGCCAGCCUGAGGCCAUUGCCCGGGUCGAGGUUGCCGAGUGCGCGUUCGGCAUUGCCAACAUGGGCAACAAGGGAGCAAUCGCUCUGAGGGUCUUGUUCACCGGAAACGACGAGGACCAUACUGCAGAUGUCACCUUUGUGGCGACCCAUCUGGCUGCGAUGGAGUAUAAUUUGAGACGCAGGAAUGCCAAUUGGGCGAGUAUUUGCUCUUCUUGCCUCUUUGAGGACCCAAAGAAGACACUCCCCGACGAAUUCCAUUUCGAUGAGCCUGACGGUGGCGAAGACAUCCCGCCCGAGACCGAGGAGGAGCGCCAUGCUCUUCUCACACGGCGGCAGAAUGAGGCUUCAAUGCCGUCUGAGUACGCGGCACAUCUGCAAGACAUCAGCAUCUUCAAGCCAGGCACACACCUUUUCGUGGCGGGCGAUCUGAAUUAUCGCAUCUCAACGACCACACCCCCGGCGCUGGCAACCUUCCCAACCAUGGAUACCUAUAUGGAUUUCCUUGAGCGCGACCAGCUCACGCAGGAGAAGGCGGCAGGAAGAACACUGCAUGGCCUAUCAGAGGCGCCCAUCGACUUUCCUCCCACUUAUAAGAUCAAGCACCUGAGCCCUAACAAGGUUGCGGAAGCCGUCAACAAGGAGGAGCUCAUCGCGGCCCGGGCGGCCGGUCGUGAGGACGAGGUUAUACCGUGGAAGUGGGCGUCUCACCGCUGGCCCGGCUGGUGUGAUCGUGUUCUCUUCCUCGAUAUUCCAGAUUGGGUCAAGGAGCGAUACACACCCAGCACCGGCGCUAGCUCCUCGGAGCCGGCUCCUGAGAUCAAGAUCCACGCUUACAGCUCCCUCCCAACCGUGAUGACAUCCGACCACCAGGCCGUAUUUCUGAGAGCUUCGGUGCCACUGCUGGUCCCUGGUGAGCUCGUGCCCCAGCAGCCGCUCACAAUUGAGUUGUCACCUCGCGACGUGAAUGACCCUCGUCUGACGCUCCCCGUCCCCAUCGACACGGGCGCUUUUGCUCGUCGUGCGGCGGCCCGCAAGAGAGAAAUAUAUACUGGCAUGACGGCGCUGUUCUUCUCUACUAAAGAAGGCCUGAUCGUUACGGUUGCUGUGGUGGGUUUAGCUCUGUGGUCGUGGUGGUUGUAUCAGGGCUUCUUCUAG